GUUCAAAAGAAUCGAUUCCGGAAAACGAGUCGAAUGUUCUAUUGCCUAUCCCACUGUCUGUUUUAGCUUUUUUCGACAUAAUGUCAUACUCUCUAAAUCUCUUAUAAUUGCGAAAUAGGUCAUUUGUUUUGUAAGCGCGACACAAUAAUGAUUUACUAAAAGGGGUGCGAAGUUUGUUCUUUGGUUCCGACGCGUGUUUUGUAUGUUGCCUGAACUUUCACCUCGAUUCCCACAGCCCAGCAGGACCGUGUGGAUUUGACAAAAUAGUGACAAGUCUAACACGAGCUUUUAACUUCGAGCAUGCGUUGCCUGUUGAGCUCUUGGUAAUUUAUUCCUGGAAGAACCGCGUUCUGUUGCAGCCACAUGGAAACUUUCAUCAGCUUCAGUAACCAAAGUCAAGGAAGGGACCGUAUAUUCAGAGCAACCCAAUAUGCAUGUGCUCUGGCGAAAUACCUGCUGAGAAAUGAAGCGAAGAGAAAAGAGCUGGUGAAAAAGCUGCAGUUUCUGGAGUCCAAUAUGAGUUCGGGGCGGAAGCUUUUCAGGCUUGGGAACACCGUCAACUCGAUCCAUGCGGCCAAGAGCACUCUUCACAUUUCUGACCCCAUUUUGCGCUUUUGCCUUACUUUUACCAAUCUCAACCGUGCCUUGUAUUUCAUCUGUGACAACGUACUCUGGGCCAGAAGUAUCGGGCUGAUACAAGACAUCGACAAAGAGCGCUGGAGCUUGAACUCCACUCGCUUCUAUUUCCUGUCCUUGGUCACGAAUCUAACCAGAGACGUCUAUGUGAUCAUCCAGCUCAUGGUGCAGAAGUCCCGGGAACGACACUUCAAGCAAAAAAUGGAGCAGCACCUCAACGAAAGCCCGGACGUGGCCUGCGUCAUCGUGCCUCAGCUCGACGCGUUCCUCUUCCUUCUCCUCGAGAGCCUCAGAAACGAACCGUCUGUGGCUCUCGAUACCGUUAAAAACGUCUGCGACCUUUUCAUUCCGCUCGACAAACUGGGCAUUUACCAAACAAAUGCAGGGGUGGUGGGCUUCUGUGGCCUCGUUUCUUCUAUUUUGGGCAUAUUGUCAGUUUUGAGGCCCGGCCUCAAGAUCAAGCCGUGAUUUGGGGAAUGAGGAAAAGGCUUUAGGAACAUCCAAAAUGUCUUGCAUAAGAAAACUUUUCUAACAGAUGUUUUGAAUUCGUUUUAGUGUGGGAUUAGACUACUGUUGAACUUGCUUUUUUUAAAGGGAUCGAUUUAAUAGUAUAAAGGGAGACAGGAGAGCAGCGCAUACCCAUAAUGCAGCAGCGCACCUGCAGGGCUGUUCUGCACAACAUAAUAAUAAAAAAUAAUAGCGUCAUUUAGAUAAGAUUUUACAGUGUGGGUUUGAACGCAUGCUGUGUACACUUUCAUUAAAUAGAGUGCCUUGCUGUAUCUGUUAUAUUAUGUAGCCUUAGUGAAAUAAUACCAUCUGUAUAUAAUGCAGUAUUUGUAGUUUUAAUAGAGAUCAUGUCACUUUGGUACUGAGGAUACUGAAACACGCGGGUUCAUAAAAAUGCAUUUUGAACUUUCCAACAAAAAGAUGCUCUUUUGUGAUAGCAGAUGCUCAACUUCCUGAGAUAUGUGCUUAAUAUUUAGUCUCUUCUACAUGGAAAACCAUCUGUGAAAUUAGAUAUUCUACCUCGUUCUGACAGAUCCGUAGUUGUUUACAGAUGUGCGUUUGAUUUUUAGGUGCCAGACAGAGUUUUGUUGGGGUUUUUUUUUUUUUUUUUUUUUUUUUUCAAUUUUGGUUUCUCAUGACAAAAGAUAAGUUAUUACAUUCCGAUUCGACAUAUUUGCUUGUCAGCUCAAACUGCUUUAAAACAAACUGUGAACUUUUAAUAAAGGAUUUUUUUAUGCACCGUU